CCAAAACCGCGUUUCCAUUGGUUAAAAUUAACUCAGAAUGCUAACCAAUGACGGGUCUCCUUUUUCGCGCCUUGGCUUAACUAUAAAAAUCAAGAGCGUGUUCCUUGUUCAUGUUUUUGUAGCGAGCGUUAAAGGCAAGAGGGACAAGUUCUUUAUUAUGUCUGGACGCGGCAAGCAGGGCAGCAAGGCUCGCGCCAAGGCUAAGACCCGCUCCUCCCGGGCCGGCCUGCAAUUCCCGGUGGGUCGCGUGCACCGGCUGCUCCGCAAGGGCAACUACUCGGAGCGGGUGGGCGCCGGCGCCCCGGUGUACCUGGCGGCUGUGCUGGAGUACCUGACGGCCGAGAUCCUGGAGCUGGCGGGCAACGCGGCGAGGGACAACAAGAAGACGCGCAUCAUCCCGCGCCACCUGCAGCUGGCAAUCCGCAACGACGAGGAGCUCAACAAGCUGCUGGGCCGUGUGACCAUCGCGCAGGGCGGCGUCCUGCCCAACAUCCAGGCGGUGCUGCUGCCCAAGAAGACCGAGAGCCACCACAAGGUUAAGUGAAGCAGGUUUCCAUACUUCCCAAAGGCUCUUUUCAGAGCCAUUCACAUAAUCCAAAAAGAAGCUGGUGCGUGCAAACCUAAGGUCUCAAUCUUGAAAAUAUACAAGCCUUUAGUUUAUCCAGUUUAAAGCACAAUAGCUGGACUGGUUGCGAUUUCGUGAUGAAUAAGCUGCAGUGCAGUGUAAAUGUGCUCCGUCAGCGU